AUGGCUGAAAAACCCCAAAUCCAGCUCUUCAUCAAGGCAAGCGAGGAUGGGGAGAGCGUGGGGCACUGCCCCUUCUGCCAGCGGCUCUUCAUGGUGCUGCUGCUAAAAGGUGUGCCCUUCACCCUCACCACUGUGGAUGUGAAGAGGGCGCUGGAUGUGCUGAAGGACUUCGCACCAGGUGCUCAGCUGCCCGUCCUCCUCUACAACGGCGAGCCCAAGACCGACACCAUCACCAUUGAGGAGUUCCUGGAAGACCAGCUGGGCCCCCCCAUGUGCCCCAGUCUGGUCCCGCACUACCCAGAGUCAAGCCUGGCUGGGAACGACAUUUUCCACAAGUUCUCUGCCUUCAUCAAGAACCCAAUAUCUGCCCAGGACGAGGUGCUGCAGCGGAGCCUGCUGCGGGCCUUGCUGAAGCUGGAUGAAUACCUGAGCACCCCUCUGGAGCAUGAGCUGGCCCAGGACCCCCACCUCCGGGCCUCCCAGCGCCGCUUCCUUGAUGGAGACCACCUCACACUGGCCGACUGCAACCUGCUGCCCAAGCUCAACAUUGUUCAGGUCGUGUGCCAGCACUACCGCCGCUUUGGGAUCCCCAAGGACAUGAGGGGCGUGUGGCGGUACCUCAACAGUGCCAGUGAAACCAAGGAGUUCAAAUACACCUGCCCCAAUAGCCAGGAGAUUAUACAAGCCUAUCGUUCCGUGGUCCGGGCACCGCAGUGAGCCGGGCAUGUGCCCUGGUGGGUGCAGGGCCAAGGCUGGGGUCAGGCAGGAG